UUUCCCACGUUGUCUACUUUCAUCAUGUCUACGCGCCCGCGUCCAAGGCCACGUCCAGUGGCAAAGCCCAAGGCUGCAUCGUCGACAACUGUGAACCCAAAUCCAACACCAUCUCCAGUACAACCGUCCUGUUCUACGAGCACAACACAAAAUUCUAUCGCAGAGAACAAAUUAGACGAUGAAGAUGCUAUAUUCUUUCGUAAUCGCGGAAGAACUACUCAGUGCUGGAACAAGCUUCGGGCAAUGACGAAGGACACUCCGUCCGACAAAGCUGACGAGGACGAUGACCUCGAUUGGGGUGAACGAACUGAACCGGAAUCUACUCCGAGGCAUCGCAAGAAGAAGUCAAAUAAACAGCAUGAAUUACCUCGGUGGCAGGCGGCGGACAUAGUCACUCUCCUUUCUUCAGAUAACGAAGAAGACGAGUUUGAAAUCAUGGAGAACACAUCAAAGGUCUCUGAUGACGAUACGUCCCCCCGAAAACGAAAACGAGAUCGUAGUCGCUCAAAAUCUAUUACGCCACCCCCGCAACUUCCAGUACAUCAACUCAAUAAUGCAAGGGCACUGGUCAGACAAGCGCUUGCUGUUGCGCCACCUCGCGCUCCCUCACCAAUUGAAAUUCCCGAUGACCUAACGGAUACUUCUGACUUGAAUCCAGAACUCGCAAAAAUCGUCGAGGAAGUUCGUAAAAGGGCUGUAGCAACCAAGAACACGCCAGAACAAGGCGGUGGCCCUGAGUUAGUUAUUAUCAAGGUCCGAUGGCGGCCUCAUCCACUGAACACGGCAGGUGUAAAGGAUGUUUGGAACUUUAAGAUGAAAAGACAUGACACAUUCCAGUACUUGUUUGAAGAAUUAGCGGACUUGGCCGCUGUGUUGGUAGAUCAUCUUGUCGUCAGUCAUGACGGAAAGCGUCUGUUUGCUUCCGGCACACCUCACGGUGUUCGAAUUUGGGCAGAAGGAGAGCUCGAAGCAUGUGAUCAAACAACGUGGGAUUACAUACGUGCUCAUCGCCAUCAACAAGCUCCACAGGCCGCUCAGUCCGUAAACAAUUCACCGUCUCCGGGAAGAGAAUCAGACCCGGAGUCAGAAGCCGAGUCCACUGGUGGUGACAAAAUCAAAGUGGUGCUCAGAUCCGCGGUUACCGAGGAAAACGUUAAUCUUACAGUCCGACCUACAACAACGUGUGGUGCCAUCGUGAAAGCGUUUCUCAAGGCAGCCGGUCUAUCCGAUCGAUACCCCGUUUCUACUUCAACACCUCAGCUAAUGGUCGACGGUGACAAGAUGGCGGAUGACACGGAAAUCGGAGAGGCGGACCUAGAUGAUGGAGAUUUAGUCGAAGUUGUUGGACUGUGAUUUUCGGGGACAUAUUAUCAUAUUACUGUUGUACUUUGUCGAACACAAAAGAGUUCCCAUCUCUCAAAA